AUGGACCUCACCGAUAUCAAGACAAAAGCUCUCGUGGCAUGGGAAAACCACGCGAAAGCAUGGGACGAACAGAUGGGCGAUGACGGAAAUUCGUAUUUCUCGGCCUUAGAACUGCCUAUUCUCGAGCGGAUGGUUCUGAAAUAUAAGAGCGCCCGUGCACUGGACCUUGCAACGGGGAACGGACUUGUUGCGCGCUGGCUUGCAAGAGAGGGUGCUUCGGUUGUGGCGACAGAUGCAUCCAGACCGAUGCUGGAGCGUGCCAGGGCGAGGACAGAAAGUUGGUACCAGGACGGAAGGUUGAGCAGGGAACAGAAAAUCUCAUUUGAGACUUUGAAUGCUGCGAGUAUGGAUGCUUGGGAGGAGUUUAUAUCCCAAUCUCUAACCCCGGUUAGUAGUCAUGCUGCUGCCGGGACGGGCCUUGUUGACAGGUAUCAGACCGAAAAAUUCGAUAUCAUUACGAUGAACAUGGGAAUCAUGGAUAUCCCUGAUCUAAAACCACUUGCCACUGCUUUGAAGCGCCUCUUAACGCAGGAUGGCUGCUUCGUAGCCACGAUCCUCCAUCCCUUAUUCUUCACCUCCGGUGCAGAUCGCCAGAUCACCUUUCAUGAAAACCCGACGACUGGUCAGCGCGAGAUCACUCGCUCGAUCAUACUAAACAGGUACCUUGACGUUCCACCAGCACGACAACUUCUCUUCUCCGAAGACGAGAACACUCCACCUCCGCUUUCCUUCCAUCGCCCUCUGCAUGAGCUCUUCGCGCCCUUCUUUCAGAAAGGCCUGGUCCUCGACGCACUGGAAGAGACGAAUUUCGAUGAGUCGUUCGUAGACCACAAGCGAGAACACUCGUCAAAGAACUUUCUGCAGUUUCCGAAAAUCCUAGGAUUUAGGAUCAGGCGGACUUCUGUGUCACCUGUUAACUGA